AUGAGUCGAGGUGGCUCAAGAGGAUUCGGUCGGGGUGGAGGCCGCGGAGGUGGAAGAGGGGGUUUCUACCAACGGGACAUGGGCCCUCCUGACGAGGUUUUAGAAAUGGGCACCUUCGUGCAUACGGUCGAGGAUGAGAUGUUUUGCUCAUCGUCAAUGUCCGACAAAGUUCCGUAUUUCAAUGCUCCCAUAUUUCUGCAAAAUAAAACAGCGAUUGGCAAAGUCGACGAAAUCCUCGGACCUAUCAACGAAGUCUAUUUUUCAGUCAAAAUGGGCGAGGGAAUGGUAGCCUCUAGUUUCAAGAAGGGUGACAAGGUCUACAUCGGUGGAGAUAAACUUUUGCCAAUCGAGCGGUUCUUGCCCAAGCCGAAGGUGUUACGAAGCGAGGCCGAGGACGUGGAGCUCCUCCGGGACGAGGUCGAGGUGGCUCAGGUGGGCGCGGAGCUUUUUCAAGAGGAGGACCAAGAGGUGCUGGACGAGGAGGGCCGAGAGGUGGCUUUUAUGGGGGAAGAGGUGGUGGAUCAAGAGGCGGUGGUGGCGGGUUCCGAGGUAGCCCGGGUGGACGUGGAGGACGUGGAGGAGGGUUUCGAGGGUCAUAACUCGGAGUUCAAAGCAUCUAUGUUGGAGAGUCGCCCGUUCCCUCUACAAUAG